UCAAGAUGCACAUACGACUUAAUAUUCGUAGGAUUUUUCUCUUGUUUUUGUUGCAAAUAUUACUAACCUCUGUUAGUCAUAGUAAACAUCUCUAUCUAAUGCACUCACCACCACGCAAGUGUUGUGCUAGUGGAUAUCUUUUCAAUGAACAAUUAACCUGUGUGAAUCAAACUUUAAGAGAAUCUAAUUUAAAUUCAAUCAAGUCAACAGGAAUAACAACAAAGGAAGCAUUUAUGUGCAAUCACAAUGACUCACUGAUUUAUGAUACAAAUUUUAAAAGUGAAAGCAUCAUGUACGUGACUCUUCACAUACCGAAUAAUUUUUGCAUUGAUGAUGUCACUAACGGAACAAAAAUUCUUGCCAAGUGUCCUGAUGUCCUGUCACACAUUCUAGGCUUGGAUGCAGUAAUAAUGUGGGGUGCUAAAACGUAUAUGUCUACAAACAUUGCUCAUGUUAUUUUGUGUAUCGUCGUAGUGACCAUCUACUUAUCAGUUCCAAGACUAAGACGUGGACUCUAUAAUCGAGCAGUAGUUAGACACAACAUUUGCCUCAUGAUGCAUGGAGUCAUUCUGCAACUGUUAGGUUUCUGCGAACUAGGAAACUGCCAAUUUAAUGACCAUUUAAUGAUAUUCUUUUGGUUGUGGAUUCAAUAUUUUACAAUAUCAACUGUUUUUUGGCUCAAUGUAAUUUGCUUUGACAUGACGUUAGUAAUUACUAGGUUCCAUUGGGUAGCAGACAACGGAACUAGAAGUGAGGCUGCUGACAACCGCAAAUUAUUUUUUUAUGGAAUAUUUGCAUGGGGUGGUUCCUUUUUACCAGUAUUAAUGGCUGGACUUUGUGAUUAUAUUCCCGGUAUACCUGAUGACUUUGUGUUAAAACCAAAUUACAUAAACUUCCGCAAAGGACCAAGUUUUAUUAUCAAUGCUUAUUUUUUUUUUGUGCCAACAUUUACACUUGUGUUAAAUAAUAUACUCUUUGUGUUUACAACUUAUAAGAUAUUCAAGAUUCAGAGGAGUACAGAAAUGGCAACACGUAACCAGAAAAAUAUGAUGAAAAAAAGAUAUUUUUUAUUCCUACGAUUAUAUUUAUUAAUGGGUGCUCCAUGGUUUUUUGGAAUGCUCUUUGCUUCCUUCAAUAACCUCGUUAUUUUAAAGACUUGUCGCUUAGCUCAACCUUCACUCUGGUUGUUCAUUACUGCUACUCAUCCAGCAGUCAUUGGUAAAAUCAAAGGUUUAUGUUCAAAGUAUAGACGUCCACAGACAACAGUAGCAACAAUUAGUAUUUGAACAAUAAUUGAAAAUACUCACUAUGUAAUUUUUUUAAUUUUUCUAAUAAUCAAAAGAAUAUAUUACUAUUGUAGUCUUUUUAAUGACUCAACAUCAACAUAAAAAGUCAUUCUAAGUUCGCUAAAAUUGCAUAAAAUAACAGUGUUAUGUUUUAGAAUAAAUGCAAAAAAAUACAGAUAAAAUUGAUAUUAGAAAAAACGGAAAAAAGACGGAAGAUUAUAAAUUGGCAUGCACACGCAUUGCAGUUUUUAUAUUUAAUACUUGGAAACCCAUAGAAUGUUUAUAAAACGUGUAGGCGAACACCAUUGUGACUACGAUAUUGCGGUUAAAACUUCCGUUAUGUAACAGAUGUUCUGUGGAAUCCCAGUAAAGGAAAUUCUUGCUUCAUUACGCAAAAAAAGAAUUAUUGCUAAUUGUGUAGUUACAUAUUGAUUCAUAGCUCACAUUUAAAAUGAAAUGUUUGAUCUCUAAUUCUUUAUUUUAUCAUAAACAAUCAAAUCAUUAUCUCAAACAAACUCUGAAUAGAUACAUUUUAAAAUAACAAGUAAUUAGCCAGUAGAAGGAGAAUUAUUUUUAUUUAUAUUAAUUUUAUUAUUGUAAUUAAUGUAAGUCCUAUAAUAUUUUACAAGAAAAUGAUCUGUGAUAUGCUGAAUUAAAAAACACUAUAUUUAAUGUAUUAAUUAAUUAAAUUACUAUGCUAGUAAAUUGGCAAGAUGUACCAUGUCAGUGAUUUAAUUUGUAACGAGUUUCAUGUUUAAAUAAAUUACGGAAUGGAUUAAUUUCACAUGUUCUAUGUACAGGCUUA